AUGGAAAGAUUCCUGAGUUUUACCCAUAACCACUGUUUCAUCAUGCUGUUCUUCAUCUCCCUGAGCCCGGUGGGCCUUGCCCAGUAUGAACACUGGCCCUACCUCCCCGGUUACCCUGAGCCACCCCCCCAAGUGUACCAACCCCCCCAGAGACCGGCAAAUGUCCCCAAGAUCCAGCUGCGGCUUGCAGGGCAGAAGAGGAAGCACAACGAAGGCAGAGUGGAGGUGUUUUACAGCGGCGAGUGGGGCACGGUGUGCGACGAUGACUUCUCCAUCCACGCUGCGCACGUGGUCUGCAGGGAGCUGGGCUACGUGGAGGCAGUGUCUUGGCUACCCAGCUCGAAGUACGGAAAAGGAGAAGGGAAAAUUUGGAUGGACAAUGUCCACUGUAAUGGCAAGGAGACCACCCUGGCAGCAUGCACUUCCAAUGGCUGGGGAGUAACUGACUGCAAACACACCGAAGACGUGGGAGUGGUCUGCAGUGAAAAGAGAAUCCCUGGCUUCAAGUUUGACAACUCAUUGCUUAACCAAAUAGAGAACAUGAACAUCCAGGUGGAAGAUAUACGGAUCCGUGCCAUCCUCGCCACCUACCGCAAGCGGGUGCCUGUCACAGAGGGUUACGUGGAGGUGAAAGACGAAGGGACCUGGAAGCAGAUCUGCGACAAGCACUGGACCAUGAAGAAUUCCCGAGUUGUCUGUGGCAUGUUUGGAUUUCCGAGCGAGAGGAAAUACAACAUCAACGUCUACAAGAUGUUUGCCAGCAGAAGGAAGCAACAUUACUGGGCUUACUCAAUGGACUGCACUGGGAACGAGGCUCAUAUCUCCAGCUGCAAACUGGGCAACCACCUCAACGUGGAUGCAGAGAAGAAUGCAACGUGUGAGAACGGGAUGCCGGCGGUAGUCAGCUGUGUCCCCGGACGCGCCUUUGCCCCCAGCAGCCACAGUGGCUUCCGAAAAGCCUUCAGGCAGGAGCAACCACUGGUGAGGCUGAAAGGGGGAGCCAACACUGGCGAAGGACGAGUUGAAGUGCUGAAAAACGGGGAGUGGGGAACGGUUUGCGACGAUAACUGGAACCUGGUGUCAGCCAGCGUGGUUUGCCGAGAGCUGGGCUUCGGGAGUGCCAAGGAAGCAAUAACGGGCGCAAGGCUCGGGCAAGGGGAGUCUCACAGCUCCGUGUCCCCGCGCGUGUUGGCGCUUUGCUUUGUUACAGCUGCGUCCCGGUGA